AUGAGUGCAUGGAAACCUUCCUGCUCCAGGUAUGAGGGCAGGCCUGCGGCAGCUUCUACGGGGGCAACGUCUCGAUGGGACAGUGGCGACUCUGGAUGGUCGUGGAGUGCCAAGGACCGGGACGAAGAACCUUGGGGGGCUGCAGGUGGUGAGUCAGGCGUGAGCCGAGAUGGAGCUAGGGGGGAUAGUGAUCCAUGGUGGGAUCGGCCUGUGGCGGAUCCAUGGAGGUCCAGUGGAAGUGUGGUUGGUAGCGGUUCUAGAAGUGAUGACAAGAAGUAUGAUGGAUGGCUGGGGGAUGCUCAGCUGAGACAGUUCAAUGUGGCACAGAUAGAGAAUACCACUGCGAUGCUUCAUGGUAGGUGGCAUGGAGGCGACCAAGGUGAUCAUGGAGGUGCACGUCAUGACAUGUGGCAUGAGGUGAGUGAGGAAAAAGGGAAACCGACUGAGAAACUCACAGUUCCUGAGUUUGAUGGCGAAGGAACGAAUGACACCGACUUGGGCCGAUCGGCUAGGUCGUACCUGAGGAAGAUUCAGGUGUGGCUGCGCUGCACCAAAUUGCCGCCGUACCAGAGAGGGUUGGCACUCUACAACUCUCUGUCUGGCAAGGCAUGGGUCUACGCGGAAGAGCUCGACGUAGACCGCUUGGCCACAGAGGGGGGUGUCUCUUACUUUUUGCAGUGGAUUCAGACCCGUUUCAUGGAAAUAGAGGUGUCAAAGGUUGCACAAAUGAUGGGCGACUUGUUCAAACGUGGCAAACGGAAACCAGAGCAAACCAUCAGGGACUUCAAUGUGGAGUUUGAGAGAUUGGUCCUCAGAUUAGCUGAGAUAGAGUGCAAUGUGCCGCCAAUGAUCAAGGCAUGGCUCUACCUUGACAAAUUGAGGUUAUCAGAAUCUGAGGAACUUGCGCUUCUCUCCAGUGUCAACAACGAGUACGACUGUCGGAAGCUUCAGCAUGCAGCGCUCGUGCAAGAUCGGGCCAUUCGCCGUCCAGGCGGGUGGCAUGGUGACGAGGGUCGUCAUGGUGGCAAACGGUGGGGGCGUCAGAGCGUCCACAUGACCAAUGGGGAUGGCAAUGAGCUAUCGAGUGAUGGAGAAGAAGGUGCUCAGGGCUCUGACGAAGAGGAGCUCGUGGAUGAAGACACUGCCGCUGAACACUACAGUGCCUACAUGACUUACCAGGGAGCAAAGGCGAAGUACCGUGAGGUGCUGAAGGGGCGAGGCGUUGACCGCCAAGCCAUGGAGCAGAGAAACCAGGAGAGAUUGAAGCUCGCUAAGCAAAGGAGCUACUGCAGCGCUUGCAAGCGGAGGGGCCACUGGCACAAGGACCCUGAGUGUCCGCUGCGCCAGAAGUCGAACAAUGGUGCUCCUACGAGCGGGUCGGGAGGCAGUCAGGUUCAGUCUGUGAACUUUGUGAACCAGUGCUUCAUGACCACUUCUGGCGCGCAUGGAGAUCACGGGGGGCACUUGCUUGCAUUGGGCAGUGACUACAACUCUGAGUAUGUGGCGGGCGCAUCCCACGGACUCCAAGGAGACCAAUUGCUUGCACUGGACAGCGACUACAACUCUGAGUAUGUAGCGGGCGCAUCCCAUGGAACUCAAGGAGAGCAAUUGCUAGCAUGUUGGAGUUGCUGCAUGACCGACGGGGCACAUGAUGGUGUAGACCCGGUGGAGUGUCAACAUGAGGGCCGAGGUGGACCACAGAGCAACAAGCUCUUGGCGAUCAUCGACACGGCCUGCACAAAGACUGUUGCAGGCUAUCAAUGGUUUGAGAAGUAUGUCCAGGUGGCCGAUGCAGCUGGGCUGGAAGUUCAGACCGUCGAUGAGUCUGAGUAUUUCAAGUUUGGAGCCUCCAAGGUGUACAGGUCAAUGUUUGCCGUCAAGGCCUGGUUUGCCAUCCUUGGGAGGCCAUUUGCUGUGAGAGUUUCAAUAGUGCCUUGCAAGGUACCACUUUUGUUCAGCAGACCCGUGCUGGCCAGCUUGGGCAUGUGCUAUGAUGUUGCUAAGCAACAGGUUGGGCUGUCAAGACUCGAGCUCACCGAGCUGCCUUUGCUGACCAGUCCGACCGGACAUCCAGCACUUUUGGUCUCUGACUUCGGGGAAGACCCACAAUUUGGAACGAUCCCAGACUUCUCACCCGAAGAUGUGCACAUCCUUGCGAGAGUGUGGUAUCAACAAACUUUGAAGAUGACACGUACCACAACAUUGACAUGCCUCAUGGUUUGGUACAUCCUUGGAUUGGUCGCAGUCGUUUUCGCAAGAUCAAGCCUGAUCAACGCGACCAAUCGUGCCUCUCCAAUUCCGGAGAACCUGCCGAUGCCUUCCAGCGCACCAUCGCCAUGGUCCAUGAAGCGCAGCGAGUUGGUGGAAGAGCUGGAUCGGCGCGGGAUUGCCGUUCAUCACAACUGGACGGUGCCAGAGUUGAGGUCGAUCCUGUUGGAGCAAAAGGAGCUGGAGAAGCCGCCCAAGGGGGAGAACCCAGUGAAGGGGCUCACCAAGAUGACCUUGGCGGAGCUCUCAGCCGAAGCAACUCGGUUGGAGAUCAGCAUGCCGCCAGUUCCGACAAGGGGCCUGCUGAUGAGCCCAGAAGAUGAGGUAUCAAAACUGUACAUCACUUUCCCUCCUUGGUUGACCUCUGUGAUGUCACCACUGGCCAGCCUUUUGAAAGGUGCAGGGGUGUCUUCCUUUUUGUUCCUCUUUUCUUUCUUCUCCUUUUGUGUCUUCUCCUUUUUGUCCUUGGCAUUUCCUUUGGCUUUGGCCUUUGGCAUCGGUUUUUUCCCUUUGAAAGUCUUUGGUGGUGUCUUUGGCACCUUGGGUUUGCUUCCUGCCUUUGAGCUUUGGAAGCUGGUUUUUCAAGCGGUUGUGGCCUUAGCAGUUUGCUUAGAAACUUCCAAGGUGGUCUUAGCAGUUUGCUUCGAAACUUCUAAGGCUUCUGAGGUGGCCAUGGAACCCGAAAAGAAGGAAAAUGAAGAGAAUGAGAAUAAGGAAGAGGAGCAAGAGGAGGAAGAGCAGCAACCGCUUGAAAAACCAGCUUCCAAAGCAAAGGACAAAAAGGAGAAGAAACAAAAGGAGAAGAAAGAAAAGAGGAACAAAAAGGAAGACACCCCUGCACCUUUCAAAAGGUGCUGGUGGAAGUUCAACAGGCUGCUCAAAGCAGGAAAAGUUCCAGCACAGAUCAAGGAGAUCUGGGAAAAAUCUGAAACCACGGAAGAAAAAACCAUGUCGGUGGACUGCUUGUUACAAGAAGAACUCCAAGACAGGCUGCUGGGAAAUGCAGGCAGACAAUCCCAGUUUCAGAAGCUGGCUGAAGAGACCUCUGACAAGAGCUUUGGCAAAGAUGCCCAGACCAGUUUUCCACGUGCAAUCAUGCUCCAUCACUACUUCCAUGGCGAUGCUGAUGCCUUCAACCAGGCGCUGGCCAGUGGUGACAUCACAGGGGUCAACCAAGGAGGAAAAGUGAUGUACAGGCUCAUCCGCGAUGUGAAGAGCACCCCAGGGCAGACUUUGGUGACCUUCGGCAAGUUCAAGGGAUGGAUGUAUCAAGAAGUCCCGCUGGGGUAUCUCCAAUGGAGCAUGCAGGAGGUGAAGGCAAACCCGAACUCCUCACCCGAUCUGGUGAGGCUCGCCACAUGGGCGCAGGGAGAAGUGGAACGGCGUCAGAAGACAGCGAGCAGCUCGACCGAGGUGGCCAAAGACCCGGAAGCCAAUGCGGUGGUGCCUCCACCCAAGAUGAAGGACCUCGGUCGCCAUGGGGGGUACUCAGAUGCUUCGUGGAGCAGGGUCAGCGGCUGCUCCUCACGUCGGGGGGUGGCUCGUCGGGGACCCGAGAUCAUCAGCGACAGCGAUCUGGAGGACGAGGGGGAGGAUCCGAACCUCACCAUCAAGAAGUUGGAGGGCAUCCGGGAGGAGGAGAUUGAAAGCAAGGAUGCCACAGUGCUGAAACCGAUGGGUGGUCUGGACUAUGAGGUAAAGUAUGUGUGUAGCGGUGACGACGCUCCGGAUGAGCGCAAGGUCUCUGAGUAUAAGGACACAGUCGGGCUUUGCACUGGUGACUAUAAGGCCAAGUAUGACACCAACACCAACGACUCUCCGGAUGAGAACGAGGUGUUUGUGAAUGAGGUGAUGCUCGGGCUUAGCAGCAGCGAAUCGUCUGGUGAUGGGCCGCGUAGUGGGUCCCCGAAGGCGAGAGCCAGGGCUGGUAUGAAACGGCGGAAGAUGGCGAGAAGAAGUACCACGCAAUUCAUGAAAGAUCAAGCAAAGGGGCUCUGCACGGUGCUUUUGGCAUGCACAGUGGCAAUGGGCGGCUGGGCACAUGAGGUCAUGGCAGAUCCACUUUGGGAAGCUUGGGCAGUUCUACAACCUCGACACUAUGAACGAGACAAUGGAGGGACUGAUUGCCUUAAGCUGUUUGCUGGACAUGCCAGGAUAUCCAGCGCCUAUGCCAAACGACACCGAGCAGUGCUCCAACCUAGAGACCUGAAGUAUGACCACAACCUCAAACUACGGAGUCAGCAGGAGGAGGUGCUCAGUGAAAUCCUGGAGCACAGACCCAAGUUGCUUUGGAUGGCACCACCCUGCACAUACUGGUGCAAGUUUUCGAGGUUGAACUAUGAGAAGCAAGAACUACGGCGUCUUCGGAAGAGAGAAGGGGCCUUGGUGAACUUCACUGCACGGGUUUUUGAACUACAACACUCUUUGGGUGGCAUUGCGGUGAUUGAGAACCCCAAGGGGAGUGAUCUCUGGCGACAUCCGGCACUUCAGCGUUUUGUGGGGGUGUCGGCAACAUUUGCUGAGGUAGAUCUUUGUACGUUUGGCCUCCGAAGCUUGCAAGAUGGGCGGCCACUGAGAAAACCGUUGGCUCUGCUCACCAACAACACCACGUUUGGGAACAACAUCGCACAGAAAUGUGAAGAUGGCAGCCAUGAUCAUCGACCAGUACAAGGGCGAGACACUGCAUGGACUGCCGUUUACCCCACGGCAUUUGCCAAUGCUGUGGUAAGAGCGGCUGACCAAGCCUGGCGCUGCCCCAACAGGGUCUUUGUCCAGUUCCCUACAGAUCUUGCGCGAGCUGAAGAUGCCAACGACGAGCAACUCCAGGCCUUAGAGGAGGAGGACUGGGAGCCCGAUAGUUUCGGGGCAGCGGCCAUCUCUUUCAAAGGCAAGGUCAAUCCCAAGAUCGCUUCAGUUUUGAAGCGGAUCCACCAGAACUUGGGGCACCCUCCCAACCGUGAUCUCGUACGACACCUGAGGAUUGGGGGUGCUCCCGACAAUGUGAUCCGAGCAGCAGAGCAAAUGGUCUGCAGGCCGGCAUUGAAUGUGAUCGACCUCGCCUCCACUUACCAGGUGGUGAUUCCUGUGGCCAGCACCAAGUCAGAAGAGCUGGCCCGAGCUAUGUUGGAGGGUUGGAUCAAUUGGGCGGGAGCCCCAAAACAUUUGCUGGUCGAUCUCGCACACUGGCAAAACGGUGUUUGUGAGAGACAUGGUGCCACUUGGAAGAACAUUUGGAAGAAGCUCGUCGAAGACCUGACGGUCACCGACGAGGAGUUCACAGAGGCAGUGGCAUGCACCAGCGAUGCGAAGAACCAGCUCAGAAACAAGUCAAGAUACUCACCAAGGCAAUGGGUCUUUGGUACACAAAUGAAGAUGGCAGGUGACUUGUUUGAUAGUCACCUAGGACCUGAGGAGCUGGAUAACAUCACGGCCGAUGAGAAGGUGAGUCGUUCUCACGCCAUCCGCCUGGGGGCUCGCUCAGCCUUCUUUCGUUGUCAAACCAAAGAUGCACUACAACGAGCUGCACAACACAAAGCACGGGUUGAAAAACAAGACUUUGCAGCUGGUGAUUUGGUCUUCAUACACCGAGAACUACGGCAACGAAAGGGCAAGAAGAGCGGCAGCACAUGGAUCGGUCCCGGAACCGUCAUCGGGAAAGAAGGUCACAACUUUUGGGUGGCUCGUGGCGGACGAUGCCUGCUUGCAGCACCAGAACACCUACGAACAGCUCAUCAUGAGGAGGUGUCAGAGAUGCUGCGCAUCAAGGCGUCGAUAGCUGAGCUACGGAAGGUUGUGGAGAAUGCGGAUGAUGACAUCAUUGACCAAGACUAUGAGGAGGAGGAUCAAAAGGAAGAGAUGGAAUGGGAACCUGGUGAUGGAGAGAUAGAACAAGAGCUCGCCAUGGAGGAGGACCAUCCAAAUGAUCCAGUAGCACAGGCACAGCGGCGUGAGAGAGAGAUAGAAGCUCAUGUGAGGCAUCGGCAAGCCUUGGAUGACCUGCCCAUCAGCCUCAAGAAACCAAGAAAGGUCUUCAUGAUGAAACAUGCGAUCUCCGAGAAGGGCAAGGAGAAACAACUGGAGAAGGAGAUCCCAUGGCAAUUGAUUCCUCCUGAUGAACGUCAAUUGUAUCGGGAGGCAGAGCAAAAACAAUGGGACGAACACCUCCAGUUUGGAGCUGUCAAGCCCCUCAGCCUUGCAGAGAGCGAAGAAGUCUUCCAGCGUAUCAAGCCCGACCGGGUGCUCAAUUCAAGAUUCAUUUGCCGAGACAAGAAUUAUGCCAAACGGAAGGUGGAUUCUAGCGUGCCUCCACGUGCCAAAGCACGACUUUGCAUUGCUGGACAGAACGACCCCGAUUUGGGGAAGGUCGACAUGGCAACGGAUGCACCGACUACAUCCAAACACUCCAUCAUUUUGGCCUUGCAACUUGCUUUGAAUCGGGGCUGGAAGGUCUCAGUUGGAGACAUCAGGGCGGCAUUCCUCAACGGCAUCCCAGCACCGAGGGAGCUUUACUUUCGCCAACCAAAAAGGGGCAUCCCUGGCUUGCAGCCCGGGCAGCUGAUCGAGGUUCUCAAAGGUGUUUUUGGACUCAGCACUAGCCCUAAGCUUUGGUGGAUGAAGCUCUCUGGUGAUGUUCGCAAAAUGAAGGUGGACCAUGAGGGGGACACCUACCACGUUGUGCAGAAUGUCAUUGAUCCCUGCGUUUUCCAAUUUGUCAAAGAAGCAGACAAGUCAGUCUGCGGUUUGCUGCUCACCCAUGUUGACGACCUCAUGCUGAUGGCACCCAAUGGACUGGCGAAGCACAUCCAGUCCGAGCUCAAGCGCCUCUUUCCAGCGGAUGAGUGGGAGGAGGACACUUUUGAGUAUGUGGGCUGUGAAUACAAGUGUUCAGCAGAGGAGGUUGUCAUCAGCCAGCACGGCUAUGCAAAGAGCCGUGUUGAGAAAGUCACCAUCGAGCAAGGAGUUAGUGAAGAACAAGAAGUGUGCCAGGCUCAAAAGAAACAGCGAACUCCAUCCAUAGCAGAUCUCAAGCAAACCAACAAGGCAGUCACCGACACGAUCCAGUUCCAACAUUGCGGGGUUACACUGCGCAAAAUCCCGGAGGAGAGGUUGUGCUUCUUGGCGUACCACGACGCUGCGUGGGCAAACACGCAACCUGAUGCGGGUGAAGAACAGGAUUUCGACUGGAUCGGUGAUCAUCAAGUUGCAUCUCAAUUGGGAUCCUUAGUCUUGCUGGCUGAUAUAACAUGCUUGGGAAACGAGGGUGGCAGAUUUAGCUUGGUAGACUGGAAGAGCAAAGCGGCGCACCGUGUUUGCCGAUCCACCUUUGCUGGAGAAACAAUGGCGUGCAGCGAGGGAUUGGAAGGGGCUUUGUUUUUGCGCGGGCUCUAUAUCUCAUUUGCGACCGGAGCCCGAGUUCCUGAUCAUCAAGGAGGGCAAUUCUUCCCUCUCCAUCUUGUGACAGAUUGUCGCAGCCUCUAUGACCACAUUCAUCGUGAAGGAGUGCCACGUGCUCCGGCAGAAAAGCGUUUGGCCAUCGACUUGGCCGGAUUGAGACAAGCACUGAUGAUAGAAGCGGAACAUCAGUGGCGCCAGGCUGCCACUGCAGCCCCGCGUAUGAGCGCUCCAAGUGCUGCCUUAGCUGUGGCGAAAGCCGCGCGGGCAGAAUUGGAGAAAGGGAAGCAGGCAGCUGUCCCUUCAGCCAAGGGAGUGGAGGCCAACAAGACGCCGCCAGUCAUACAGGUUGGAGAUGAGGAUCGACCGGUGAAACGCUUGCGGAUUGCCAGCGAAGAAGGGCAGCCGGUGAGACGAAGCAAACGACUGGCGAAUCGAUGA